UAAAUAAACUAAACGUCAUUCAUAACCAUAGAAACCGUAUUUAUAUGAAUAUUUAGCACGAUUUUUAUAGAACAAACAACUUUAACUAAACUUCGCUAAAUAUAUUCCCCUCCAAGCAAAAUGGAUAAGCCUCAGAUGAUUGAGCACAUCCAACAGAAUGUCGACUAUACCAUAUACGAUGUGAAAUGGAUACCAUGUUCUGCCAAAUUUGUAGUACUCGGCUCCAAACCGAAUAGCAAUGGUAUUUUACAAAUUUAUGAGCUCAAUGAAUCAAGAGCCGAUAAAAUCAAGGAGGUCGUUAAGAAGACGGCAUUUAAAUGUGGCACUUUUGGCGCAUCCAGCUUGCGAAACCGGCACAUGGCUAUAGGCGACUUUGAAGGGCGCAUGCAAGUACUUGAUUUAGAACGUCCUGAUUUACCAGUCUACAACGUAGAAGCGCAUAAAAGCAUUAUAAAUGCCAUCGAUGCAGUUGGAGGUAAACAAGUGGAUUGUGGCGCACCGGAAAUCGUCACCGGAAGUCGUGAUGGCGCCGUCAAAGUGUGGGACAUACGUCAGGGCUCAGCACCGGUUGUCGACAUCAGUCCAGAAUCGGUGAAAGGCGAUGGCAUUAAUCGUAGUGAGCGUCGUGACUGCUGGGCAGUUGCUUUUGGCGAUAGCUUCAAUAAUAAUGAAAGAUGUGUGGCAGCUGGCUACGACAAUGGCGACCUAAAGCUAUUCGACUUGCGGCAGUUGGCUGUGCGUUGGGAAACGACGCUUAAAAAUGGUAUAUGUGGCAUCGAGUUUGAUCGUGCCGACAUACCAAUUAAUAAAAUGGGUGUGACCACACUGGAGGGUGGUCUACUUGUGUAUGAUAUGCGCACCCAGCAUCCAACAAAAGGAUUCAGUUGUGUCGAAGAGCGUAAUGCUGGACGUAGCGUGGGCUCCAAUGGGGUGAUUACUGGUCCAAAAUCGACAGUAUGGGCUAUACGUCACUUACCACAGAAUCGUGACGUAUUUGUUUCUUGUGGUGGAACUGGCUCGAUACGUUUAUGGCAAUAUGAGUAUCCGGAAAAGCGACGCAAAGCCGAUGGGGAUAGCAUUGAGAUGGGAGUUCCUGGCACCCUGCAUAUGCUGCACGCCUCAACAGUAUCCUCGCAACCAGUGCACAGCUUUGACUGGCAUCCAGACAAGUUGGGCUUAGCUGUGUGCGGGUCGUUUGAUCAGUGUGUGCGUGUUUUGGUUACCACCAAAUUGAAUUUAUUUUAAAUAUUUGUAUUGGUCACUUGCAAU